AGGAAGUUGUACCAGUGGAUAGAGAUGAUGUCCAUGCAAAUGAGUGAGGCAGACAGUGUGGUGAAGGUGGCAGAGUGGCAGCAGACUUACUACGCGUCAGACUCUGGCAUCCAGUCAGGAGCUACCACAGUGCAGGAUGAUGAGAUCAGCACAGAGUACAGCGGCUGUAAAAAGUACAGUGGCAGUACUACAACCAGUACUACCACUGCUCCCACUACUGCCUCUGCUGGAGGAGGAGGAGACACAGCAGCUGCUGGACUACAGAGCCCGACAGAUUUAGAUGCUCAGUACUCACUAACGCGGGCUCAGCGAGUCAGGGCCGCGAUGUUCCCAGAGACCCUGGUGGAGGGGGAGGCAGCCAUGCCCAUUCAAUCAGAUCCUUCACAGCAGAGCAAUGUACAGCGACUGGCUGAGCCCUCCCAGCUACUAAAGACAGCUAUCGUCCACCUGAUACACUACCAGGAUGACGCUGAGCUGGCAACCAGGGCAGUACCAGAGCUCACCAAGCUGCUGGCAGACGAGGAUCCGGUUGUGGUGAACAAGGCAGUCAUGAUAGUCAACCAGCUGACCCGAAAGGAGGCAAGUAGGCGGGUGCUGGUGCAAUCUCCGGUCAUGGUGGGUGCUGUGGUUCGUGCCAUGACAACAGCAGUUGACAUGGAGACAGCCCGUUGCGCAGCCAGCGUGCUCCACAGCUUGUCACACCAGAGGGAGGGACUGCUGGCCAUAUUUAAGUCUGGAGGGAUACCAGCACUUGUCCACAUGCUGAGUUCACCGGUGGAAUCAGUCUUAUUUUAUUCCAUCACCACCCUCCACAACCUACUGCUGCACCAAGAGGGGGCCAAGAUGGCGGUGCGUCUCGCCGAUGGCCUGCAGAGGAUGGUUCCCUUACUGAAAAAGAGCAAUCCCAAAUUCCUGGCCAUCACCACUGACUGUCUGCAGCUCUUGUCCUACAGCAACCAGGAGAGCAAGCUCAUCAUCCUAGCCAAUGGAGGCCCAGAGGGUCUGGUGUUCAUCAUGAGGAACUACAACUAUGAGAAACUCUUGUGGACCACCAGCCGUGUUCUCAAAGUGCUGUCUGUCUGUCCCAGCAACAAGCCAGCAAUAGUAGAGGCUGGUGGUAUGCAAGCUCUGGGCCAACACCUUACAGGUUCAAGUCAGCGUCUGAUCCAGAACUGUCUGUGGACCCUCCGCAACCUGUCAGAUGCUGCAACUAAACAGGAGAGAAUCAAGCAGCUGGUUGCUGUGACAGUACGGAGCAGAAAGAGAAUGGGAUGGGCAGCUGGCUUUGCAGAGCUGGUCCACAGGGAGGGAGCUGGUCUGGAGGGGUUAGAUGGUCUACUGCAGAUACUGGUCACCCAGCUGGGCUCAGAUGACGUCAACAUGUUGACCUGUGCAACUGGAAUCUUGUCCAACCUCACCUGUAAUAACUCACGCAACAAGACUCUGGUGACUCAGUACAGUUGCGUGGAGGCGUUAAUCCAUGCCGUGCUUCGUGCUGGGGAGAAGGAGGACGUUGCUGAGCCGGCGGUCUGCGCUCUGCGUCACCUCACCUCCCGACACCAGGAUGCCGAGCUGGCCCAGAAUGCUGUGCGGCUACACUACGGUAUCCCUGCUGUCGUCAAGCUGCUGGGGCAGCCACACUACUGGCCUGUAGUAAAGGCCACAGUUGGGCUGAUCCGGAACCUGGCGCUGUGCCCAGCCAAUCAAGCGCCUCUAAGGGAGGCAGGUGCUAUUCCACGAUUGGUCAACCUGCUGCUGAAGGCUCACCAGGACACCCAGAGACACGCCUCCUCCACACAGCAUACAUACCAGGAUGGUGUUCGUAUGGAGGAAAUAGUAGAGGGCUGCACAGGAGCACUUCAUAUUCUGGCCAGAGACCCCAUUAACAGAGGAGAGAUCGCCAGCAUGCAGACCAUACCAUUGUUUGUACAGCUGCUAUACUCGUAUGUGGAGAACGUGAAGCGAGUGUCUGCAGGUGUCCUGUGUGAGCUGGCCCUGGACAAACAGUCUGCAGAACUUAUUGAUGCAGAGGGCGCGUCAGCACCACUCAUGGAGCUGCUACACUCCGCCAAUGAGGGAAUCGCCACCUAUGCUGCAGCAGUGCUGUUCCGAAUUUCAGAAGACAAGAGUUCGGACUACAGGAAGAGAGUAUCAGUGGAGCUAACGCACUCGCUCUUCAAACACGACCCUGCCACAUGGGAAAUGGCCCAUACUGCAGUUCCUUUGGAGCCUACAUACCUAGCUGAGGAGUUAGAUGGCUCUUACCCUCCCUAUGGCUACACUGAUCUGCCACUAGAAACCCUGCCACUAGACCCUGAUCUCCAUGAGCCCUACAUUCCCGAUAUGACGUACGACCAGAGACAGGCUUACCCUGAACCACUCUAACAGGACAAUCAGAAAAGCUGAAAGAGAAAGAGAGAAUCAGCAAAUCGCAGGAACAAAACUGAAGAAAUGGAUGGAUGAUGGAGAGUGAAGGUUUUAAUCACAAAGGGAAUCAGCCCUUUCCAACGAGUGGAAAAAAAAUCCUAUUUGGCAAUCAAGAACUAUUAAAAGAGGUUGCUGAUUAAAAAAAAAGGUUGAUUGUUGCUAUUGAUGAAAAAUGUCACUUUUGUUAUAGUAUUUUACUGUGAGGGGAAAGUGGGGGGUGUAUGAAGUUAUGAGGUGUUACACAGGUAACUUUUUGAAGCAAUCAAAUUAGGCAAGAAUACCUUACGCUGAUAGUUUGAGACAUGCACGACAAGCGGGGAGGCUUAACCAAACACAGCUGAUAAUGUUUACCAAAUGUUUUAGUAUUUAAUCUGUAAAGGUUUAGAAACCUUUACAGAAAGUCUAUUGGAUUAUUAGUUGUGAUAUACAGGGAUUUUUCCCCACAUGUGGAAACACCCAUAUUAGCCAGUGAGAAAUUCCAUUCAGAUUAUAGUUAACCAAACCUCCCAGUUAAACAAAAUGCAUUACUGACAUCACAAAAACACUCACUGUGAAAAACUAUUUACAACUUUGAGGCUUUUUCUUGAAAAACACCUAAUAUUUAACAAGUAUAGAAUUUCUCUCUUAUUGGCAUUACUGCCAUUCACCAUUGCUACCAAAUGCUACCCGUGUAUCCCAGCCUUAAGAUGCUGUCUUUUAGAUGUCUCCUCUGUGUAUUUGAACAGUGCACAUGUCCCUGGGUGUCCAUGUGUGGUUGUUGCAUGGUCGUAUAUUGUGUGUUCAUUGAAAUAUUCUUCACUUUUACUUACUAAGAAAAAGUAACAUCUUGGUUUUACAAGCCAUUUUGGAUUACGUCAAUCAGUUGGAAAACACAUCCCACUAUGUCCCAGCCUCACUUUCACUAGGUGGAUAUUCUGUUCAAAUGUUCACAGGAAAUGGACUGCAAAUUCUUUGGCAUCUUCAGCAUAAGGCUACAAAUCCCACCAUUUUCGAGGCAUACCCAGUUAGACCCAUAUAUCUCUAGUGGACCAUGACUCUCAACUAUUAUACACCUUUGUGGAUGCCAUGGAGUAAAUUGCAGAGUAAAUUUACAAAAAGUACAGACAAAAUGUGCUUAGACAUAAUGACAAAUGACGUUAGUAUUAAAGGUAUGCCGAUUAUUGAAAAGUGUUGAUAACGAUGUCACUGUCAGUGGAGGGAUCGGGGGCUGCAAGCUCCAAUAUACUUGCUUCGACCCACAGCAUGUGUUAAAGGUUUUGUGUGCAGCACCUUUUCUACCUAUCCAUCACAUCAUACUACAGUCCACAUGGUCUGCACAUACAGUAAUUGCAGCUGCAGUUGGAAUGUGGAGAUCAUGGCCAGUUGUUGCCCAAAAAAUGUUCUGUGCACCAGGGACAACUGUGCUUGUGGUUACAACGCUGUUGUUUUUGGUUCCAAAUCUCAACUGACUACAACAACCAUAUCCCGCAAUAUUAAGAAAGCACAACUACAAUGACUUGUCAAUUGCUGGGAUAAUCUACCACAGCUAUACUGUUCCUGAUUUUGAACAUCAAUAAAACUGAUACAGUU